AUGAAGCACAUUGCGGACCGCAAGUACACGACCGACUCGGAUCUCGAGCGUGCGAAUCUGACUGGCGGCUCGGUCGAGCAGGCCAAACCGAUCUACAUUGAAGACAAGUGGAGUCUCUCGGGCCUCUGGAACGACCGCGUCGCCCGGAAACGCGCCGUCUUGCUCGUCACGGGCCUCGUGCUGCUUUUGGUCGGCAUGGCUCUCGGAUACCGCGCGGCGUCCGUGCCAGGGACGCUGCGCACGCAGCAGCUACCCAACAGCCUCAGCUUUGGCGCGUUCGACAACGGCAACGGCCACCUCCCAUAG